UUUUCUUCUCUCUUUAUUGUGGUCUUUUUCUUUUUCUUCUUUUCUUCUCAAUCAUUACCACCCACAAGCCACCAUUGCAGAUUUCAACCCAAGAUCUCAGGAGUCAGGACACAACCUGACUAGCGCCACCCAAGCCCUCCGGCUCGUCCAAUAGCGAUUUUUACUGAGUUUUUUUUUUCUCAGUUUUUUCUACUCCCUCCACUAUCGUGCAUAUCAGAGCUACAAAUCAUUUCUCAAAAACCGGUUUUCAGGCGGUUUCCGGUUCGACGGUCUGAUCGGUCAAAAAAACAGUUUUUAUCAACUGAAUCGUUUUUUGCAAUUUUCGAGUUUAUAGUACCAACCGGACUGGACAAGGUAGCGGUUCGCGGCUGAACCGGUCGAACUGGCCGGUCCAGUCCGGGUUUCAAAACAUUGUUCAAUAGACCCCUCAUUUUGAAAUUAUUUUGAACUAACCACCAAAGAUAUUACAUUUGGUACAUAUCUCCUCAUUUUUAUCUUAAUUUGGGAUACCCCUGAGCACUUUGAAGUACCAAAAAUGCUAUUUUAAUAUCAUUUUAAAAACAUCACUUCAUCUCUCUCUUCCUCUCUCAACUUUCAGAUCCAAAUCCCGUCCCCAUAGGUUUUCAAUCGGCGAUGUUGUUUCACGGAGUCAUAACUCUCUAUACAGUGGUCGAAAUUCGAUGUUUGACUACCGUUAGAUUCCUCUCGUCGAGCUCUUUCUUUUCGUGGUGAUUUUAUACAGUUUGGAGUUCUGAAAUUGAAUUUUAAAAUUAUUAUUUUCUAGACUAAUACAAGUUUAAAAAUAUACUAUUAAAUUUAUGGGUAAUUACAGUUAACUCCCCUGAAUUAUAGGGUCCUCAAUGCCGCCUCAACUACAAACUUGGACAGUUUGUAUCCCUCUGUUAAUGUUGGGUCUCCAAAUGCUGAGGUGUAGAUUUGACUUUUGCUUUACGACCAUAAUUCAAUUUAGAACCCCCAAAUUAAAACCACAAUUCAGUGAUAACCCCAAAUUUAAUUUAAAACCUCAAAAAAAUCAACAUCUUCAAAUUCAAAUUCAAAAUUCAUCUUUCAUUGGUUUUUGACCCAAAUCAAAAGCCCAUCUUCUUCUAUUAACAUACAUCCUUAAAACCUACACCCACAUUAUUAAAUUCAAACGUUCAUUUCCUUUCGUCCCAAACGAGUUGAACUUCCUUCCAAACAUCGGAUUACUUCAACAGGUCGGGCCUUUACGAAAUGAGUGAUUCAGGAAAUGUGUUGGAAGACAGAGUGAAGGAUAUUGUAAUUCUUUAAGUGUUGAGAGAGAGAGAGAGAGAGAGAGAGAGUCCAUUUGGUUAUACGAAUGAAACAAGAAAAUGAAAAUAAUCAUUCCAAUUCCUUUAUGUUGUGGAUUCGGGUCCACAGACAAUAACAAGCCACAUAAAAUGAAAAUCGAACCAAGCAAGAACACAUAGAUACCACUGUGUUGACUCAACCGACUGUUGACACCGUUGCAAAUAACACAACCAUAGUUACCACAUAUCUAAAACUGAAAGCUAUAGAACAGAUAAAGAACACAAUAUUUAAAGUGGUUUGACCUGUAUUACCACAGGCCUACAUCCAUUGUGCAGAGAGAACAAAAUCCAUUAGAUCAAGAAGGUUACAAAUUACAAGAUAGUGAUAACACUCAAGCUCUCAACAGCUAUUUCACCUAAGUUGUAUUGACACUCCCCUGUUAGUGUAUACCUCAAUGUUCCUCUCUUGUUUCCCAACCCCAAAUCUCACAAACCCUGUGAAGAUUUCCUUCUUGCUUUCCCUCUAGCUUCUUCUUUUGUUCUUGAGAGUUGCCUCUCUUUCCAGCCCCUCAAGCUUAUUCCCUUGAUUAGCCUUAGCCUCCAAGCCUCUCCUCCAAGUGCUUUAUGUAUGCAGUUAAUCCUAGCAAAAAGCAACUUGGUCCCCAAGCAAACCACUGUGAACUCGACAGGUGUCUACCACAGUCAGUGCUCCUCACGUGUUCUGUCUUCUAGUAUAACAGCUCCUUACACUUUCCAUUUCAUCCUUUAACUUUACUUUAACUGCUGACUCAGAAAAAAUAUCCACUUGGCAUGUACACGUGGAUAUGAGUCGCAUAAUAACACCUUAUGUCCAUUUGGUUAAAUUAAAUACAUACUUCCAGUUCUGCUGAAAUGUUCAACUUAAUUUAUCUAAACACAAUUUGCUCAAAUUUAAAUUCACAUAAGCAGUGGAAGCCAAUUGAAGGGGGAAAAUUGUGCAAAAAGAUUCUCCAUCUUUGGUCAACGUGCCAUAAUUUCGUAGUUGUACUUCGAGAUUAUAUAUUUUUGUGCCCUUGAAUUAUAAAGUGUGUCACACUCCUCAAUUACAAAACGUACCAAACCCCUCUUUACCUCUUUAUCCUUUGCAUUUCGUUUAAAUUUAAUAAUAAAUUAAUAAAAUUAUUCUAGAUAAAUAAUUUAUAUGUGUCAUUUUCAUUCGUCAUGCACUUGUCAAGUAAUGAAAAUUAUGUAUAAGACAUCACAAUCUGCAGCCAAUAAUCAAAUAAUUCAAUAUCUGUCACACACUUACACCCACAUACAAACGGAAUCAAAAAUUGUUACUCGGCUCCCACUUCCGACGACAUUUCAAAUUAGUCAAUUACCAAUUUAUCCCCAUCCUUCUUUUACUACAUCAUAAAGCCCCCGCAAAGCCUUUUUCUUCAGUUCAGAAGAAGCAAACUGAACAACAAUGGCGGAACCCUCAUGGGCGGAACUGCUGGGCAGCAACAACUGGGAAAAUCUGCUCGACCCGUUAGACCUCAGCCUCCGCCGCCUCAUCCUCCGGUGCGGCGACUUCUGCCAAGCCACCUACGACGCCUUCAACAACGACCAGAACUCCAAGUUCGCCGGCAGCAGCCGCUACGGCAAGGACUCCUUCUUCCAAAAAGUCAUGCUCGAUUCCGCCGCCGACUACAAGGUCGAAUGCUUCCUCUACGCCACCGCCAAAGUCGGCGUCGGCAAAGCCAUGUUCCUCCACUCCCUCUCCCGCGAAUCCUGGGACAGAGAGUCCAACUGGAUCGGCUACAUCGCCACCACCUCCGACGAACUCAGCCGCUCCUCCGGCCGCCGCGAAAUCUACGUCGUCUGGCGCGGCACCACCCGGAACUACGAGUGGAUCGACGUCCUCGGCGCCCGACCCGAAUCCGCCCACGAGCUCCUCCAACCCACAUCUGAUAAUUACAAUAAUACCCCCAGCGACGAAGACAACGACGACGACGAGCACGGCGUGCCCAAAGUAAUGAAGGGCUGGCUCACAAUCUACGUGUCAACAGAUCCCAACUCCUCCUUCACCAAACUAAGCGCUCGAACCCAGCUCCUGAAAAAGAUCGAACAGAUCAUCGAACAGUACAAAGACGAAAGCCUGAGCAUAACUCUAACAGGGCACAGCCUCGGCGCUUCGCUAGCGAUAUUAUCAGGUUUCGAUUUAGUCGAGAACGGUGUCCGCGAUAUCCCCGUUUCCGCCAUCGUAUUCGGGAGCCCUCAGAUAGGGAACCAUGCUUUCAAUAAGAGAUUGCUUCGGUAUCCGAAUCUGAAAGUCCUGCACGUAAAAAAUAAAAUCGAUCUGAUUCCGCGCUACCCGAGCGCGUUGUUUGGGUACAAAGACACCGGGAUCGAGCUGGAGGUGGACAAUAGGAAGUCGCCGAGUUUGAAGGAUUCGAAGAAUCCGAGCGAUUGGCACAACUUGCAGGCGAUACUCCACGUGGUUGCCGGGUGGAAUGGGGCCGAUGGGGAAUUUGAAUUGAAGGUUAAGAGGAGCUUGGCCUUGGUGAACAAGUCGAGCGCGAUUCUGAAAGACGAGUAUUUGGUUCCGGGUUCGUGGUGGGUUGAGAAGAAUAGAGGGUUGGUUCUUGAUGAAGACGGAGAUUGGGUUUUGGCUCCGACUUCCGACGAAGAUCAUCCUGUGCCGGAAUUUUGAAAAUGUGGACGAUCAAUUUUGUGUUAUGAAUUGGUGUGUUGGGUUGUUUGUUACUUGUUGCUUGUAGAUUGUGUGUGUAAAUUUACAGUAAAUAAUAUACUAUUUGGUGUAUUU